CCAUGAAGCAAUUCAAUAUAUACACCAUAUACAGUGACGCUUGUACUGGAUAUAUUGAUGCUUCAUGGUAUCAGAGGGCUCACAAUAUUGUUGUCCGACACCGCACCCGACUGGCUUGCCACCAGCCUCGUAGCCUGCCAUAGAAGCGGAAUUUGAGUCAGUCCACAUCUUACAUUGACAAAAACAGGGCGUUGACAUAGUCUUGACACCAUGUCUUCCCUCACGCGCUCACCCUCCUCCUGGUACCCCGGCUCCUGCAACAUCACCUUCACACACUCCCCGCACCCUCUCGUACUUCCCAGCAAAACCGGUCCAAAGCGUACCCUCCCGGAACUAUGCCAAGACAUCACGCCUCCCUGCAACCUGAACCCCUUCCUCUUCAACGGCCACCUGCAAACAGCAUGGACGGCCGUGAAAGAAGACGGCCCACCAAUCCACUACAAACGCCGCGUCUUCGCCUCCGAGGAUCUGGGCUUCAAAGGCCACUUCGCGGUUGACUUCGUAGUGUCUCCACCCGAACCAACCGCAAAGCCUGCUGCGGACGGCGGACCCGAAGACACUGGCUUACGGGAGGAUCCCGUGGGUGUAGGCCACACCUCGCUCCCGCCCCGAACGACAUACUUCGGGGACAAGGAAUUUGAUGCUCUAGGUUCCAAUGAUACUAAGCCAAUGCUUAUUACCUUGCACGGACUAUCCGGAGGCUCCCAUGAAGUCUACUUACGGCACGUCCUAGCUCCACUCGUCGCCGCACAGCAUUCCGACUCCAAAGCGAUCGAGACAGGCUUAAGCGGUGGCGAAUGGGAAUGCAUUGUCGUGAACAGUCGCGGCUGCGCCGGCAGUAAGAUAACUACCAGCAUCCUGUACAACGCUCGCGCAACGUGGGAUCUACGGCAGACGGUGAAGUGGUGCCGUAAGAGAUGGCCGAACAGGCCGCUUUUUGGGAUUGGGUACUCGCUUGGUGCGAAUAUACUUACAAAUUACGUUGGCGAAGAAGGCGCCUCCUGCCUCCUAAGCGCCGCAGUAGUCGUCUCCAACCCCUGGAAACUCGAAGUCUCCUCCCUCGCUCUGCAGCGCACAUGGAUCGGGAUGGAGAUCUACAGCGCGACGAUGGGGAAGCACAUGCGUACCCUCUUCCAAACGCACCGUGACCAGAUUCUCGAGAACAAAGCGUUGAGCGAAGAACGCAUACUGAAGAUGAAGUACCUGCAUGAGUUCGAUCGAGAAGUGCAGUGCGCCACCUGGGGCUACCCAACGGAAGGUGCGUACUACCGGGAUGCGAGUAGCGCGGACUCCGUACUGGCCAUCCGGCUCCCUUUCUUCGCGCUGCAUGCGCGAGACGAUCCGAUUGCGGCAGACGAAGGGGUGCCGUAUGAGGAGGUGAAGCAGAAUCCGUACGUCGUUUUAUGCGCGACGAGUGGUGGCGGGCAUUUGAGUUGGUUUGAGCUGGGUGGUGGGAGAUGGCAUGCCAAGCCUGUAAGUGCGGCGUCAGCUGUGGUGUCGCACCGGUUGUGCGGGCUUGUACUGACGGUGAUGAUAGGUUGUCGCCUUUUUGAACGCGAUGGCGCGGGAGGUCGAUUUUGGCAGGCUCGAGCCAGCAAGCGUGGAGCCUAAAGGUCCCCUUGGCGGGCACAAGACGCCGUUCGUCUUCGAGCCCAUGCGGAGGAUGGCGCAUCUUCCUGGGAGCGCGCAGUAA